AUGCAGUCAUUCCGGUCAGUCCAACGUGUCGGGUCGCAGUUCUACGCCCUGGGGAAAUCCACCGGCAUUAGAGCAUCCUCCACCAACAUUGCAGGUGGAGGGUUGGGAAAAGCAUGGGCCGACAAAGAGCAUGCUGCCGAGAACCAGUAUUUCAACCAGAAAGAUGCGGAAGUUCUUGCCAAGCUUGCCAGCAAGCUCAAGAAUCACACAGCGCCCACACCCGAGUCUCUAGCUCAAGAAAGGCAAUCCGUGGCGGAUAUUUUCGCCAAGCACAACACCACGCCAUCGGAUGCACUUCUUGAUGAGUUGGUGAAGUUCAAGUUUAACCAUUAGGAGUCAAUCGUCUCUACACAGAAGCGAGCAGUAAAGAUCAGCAGAUCGUGAAGAACGAAGCUGUGCAGUUACGGCGCA